GGGUUCCAGCAGCCCUGCCUCCAGUGCUCCCAGGUGACCUGGGGGAUUUCAGACGACGGACGCUUCUACUGCAGAUCCUGUCACAACGUCAUCGAGAGAACCAAAGAGGUGGUGGACACCACCUUCACCCCCGGCUCCACCAGGAUCUCCACCAUCGGCCGAGGGACGAGACGCAGGAAACCAGAGGGGGGGCGUCAGUGGAGGAUCUGUGAAGGGUUCCAGUUCAUCCUGAGGAACCAGGCCGACGCUCUGCUGGGACUCGGAGUCUCUGCUCACUUCAAGGACCAGGUGUUGCUUCAGCUGUGGAGACUCUACCUGCAGAAGAGUCGCCAGGCCUUCACCAGCCGCCCGCUGAGGAGCUCCCGGCUCCGAGUGCAGCGUCCGGGAUCCGAGUCGGACAGCGUGGGCGGGUCCUCGGUGGCGUCGGCCAGUGAGACGGACGCAGACACCAACGCCUCCAUCACAGAGAGCUGCUCUGAUUGGCCGCAGGGUUCGGGCUCCUCGGACGUGGUCGCCUACCUGACGGCUCGUCAGAGGCGGAGUCACGGGCUGAUGAACAUGUCCAAGACGUUGGCUCUGAUCCACCUGGCGCUGCUCUGGAGCCGCGAGUCUCUGACGCUCAGCGACCUGCUCAGGUUGGUGAACGAAGGUCACGUUCCGUACGUUAACGCCUUCGAGGAACUUCCAGAGGAGAUGAAGCUCGAGGGUAAAGACGCUCUCGUCUUCAGAGUCGAGAGCGUCCCGUCCCACCGGCUCGUCCGGCGCCAGGCUCAGACUCUGCUCCUGUUCCUGCAGCUGCAGAGCUUUCCUCCAAUCAGCCGCCAGAGUCUGCUGCACCCGGCGCUGCUCAGCCUGCGCUACCUGGCCGACGCCAACCUGCCCGACGCUCUCCACCCGUGGGUCUGCCGCCUGAUGGACGACGCCGGUUUGGUGGAUUUCACGUUCGACGCCACGUCUUGUCCCGUCCUGCCGCAGUACGACGUCCAGACCGCCGCCGUCAUCGUCGUCACCAUGAAGCUCCUCUUCGGCCUGGACGACCACACAGAGUGGGAUUUAUCCGACGGAUCCGGUGUCCAGCCGGACGCAGGAAACAUGUUUAACCUGAGGAGGUGGUUCCGGCUGACGCAGGCUGCUCUGAUGGCAGCUCAGCAGAAGAGACGCCACGACGCCGCCAGGAAACAGUGGAAGGCCAAGAAACCUCUCUACCCGAGCAGAUCCUUAAAAGCUGUUGUGAUGAAGAGGAAACGGACAGCAGAGCAGGUCCAGAUGUGUUUUGAAAAGCUGUCUUCUCGUCCCGUGGGCGUCCAGCGCUGCGUUCCCUCCAGCUUCACAUUCUGCUGGGGGGACGAGGACGGAGCAGACGGUCCCAGUCUGCACCACAAGACGCUGGACCGAGUCCUGACCCGGAGACACAACGUCCAGACACUGUCCAACACAGCUUACUGGCACACGGCGCUGCGAGUCUGCGACCCCAAGAAGUGCAGGAGUCAUUACUCGGAGGUGGAGGCGACGCUGCCUCGCUCCUUCGUGUGGCUGCUGCAGCUCUUCUCCUUCCUGCUGAGCGUGGAGCCCGCCCACCUGUACGAGGAGGUGCUGAAGGUGGAGAGACGAGUCCUGGACCGCAGACACCUGAAAGGACGGGGACGACCCCCGGGGCCGAGGACACGACGGUCACCUGAUGACUCCGAUCCUCCGAACAACGCUGCUGCUUCUGGUUUAUCACAAGUUCCUGAAGAAGUCAGAGAAACGCAGUGACACAAACUCAGCAGCAGGGGGAGACUCACAGAAAAGACAAACCGAGUGAACAUGUUUGUUGGUCGUGCACGCAGCUCACGUGCACGCAGCUCACGUGCACGCAGCUCACGUGCACGCAGCUCACGUGCACGCAGCUCACGUGCACGCAGCUCACGUGCACGCAGCUCACGUGCACGCAGCUCACGUGCACGCAGCUCACGUGCACGCAGCUCACGUGCACGCAGCUCACGUGCACUCUGAAAGUUAGAGGGGAAACUUCUCAGACACAAACUUAAGAAUGAAAAACAUUUUGUUUCUUGGAUUUAAAUCAGAACAAUUAAAAUGUUCCUGAUCUUGAAUCAUAAAGACAUAGAAAAAAUAUUUCUCUUGUUUCAUAAUGAAAUCUGCUAAAAAAAUAAAAUAAA